AUUAAAUAUAGAGUUGUUCUUGUUCGAACUCGACUAGCAUCGUCAUCAAUAACAUGAGGAGCUGAAAAUGCAUCAAAAUGCCUGCUGGGUCACCAACGCGACGUACAAGUGGGAAAGUUCCCAAUAGUGCGGGCCGGGACCGCCUUACGGGUCUACGAACGGGAAGCGGGCUAAAGGAAAAGAGCCCUAGAGAUGGGUCCUACGGUUCAGUUGCCGGACCCGAGUCGACGGGGAAAAUCAUCAAAAUCCUCAGCGACAUCGAUAGGGAUGCGAAACUGUACUCAGAUUGAUUGUAUAGUUUUCACCUCUAUCCCUUCUAGGCGAACGGCUUGAAGUAAGAGUUGUCUGCUAGAAGAUUUGGUGCAUACAGAUGGUGACAGAAACAAAUUUGAGAAUGGUCGGAAGGAGUAACUAAUCCUUCUUAAACCCACAUCUCUUACGAGUGCGAUAACUUCUACUCUUCUUCACAACUUCUAUACCUGUUCUGUAAAACGGUGUACUAGGUACCUAGCCGACAUUGCGACGAUUUCGCACAAUAUAAAUGUCUUGUCGCAGGACAUGCGUCAGGCCAUAGGGCAGCAGGCGGAAGACAAGAUUGUAGCUGACGUUGCUAAGUUGGUUGACCAGGCGAAGGGAUACAACGCAAAAGUAAAAGCGUGUAUCGAUGACCUGGAGAAGGUGGGGUCGAGUCGUGCGCAGAGCCUCACGAAGCAUGAGCGGACCUAUUGCCAGUCGAUUCUCACGCACACAAGCGCGGCGUUUCAAGAACACGUAUUUUCUCUUUUUGAAGGAAGAAUAGGGAGCUGUGACGGAGUCGUUCAAAUUUAGUAGUCUACUAAGCUUAGAAGACGCAAAUCCAAAUUGAUGUAAGAACAAUUCACAGAGGCUUCACAUCAUCCAUCAGGUGAAAAAGCUGCUUGCUGCUCAGAGUGGUUUCGAGCUCGAGCAUAAGGCCAAGAUGAAGGUGCAGGUUCACGUUUUGUACCCAGAGGCUUUGCGAAAGGAGGUCGCAGAAUUGGUGGAUGGAGACCCAGGCGCCAUGCAAUUGAUGCUCCAGCGCAAGUUUGAAAAUACUUUAUGUUGAUCGGGAAAAAGAUAAGGUUACUUAAAUAGAUGAAUGGUUCGGGUAUUUGGUAACCUGAGUUCGAUCCUAAGGGAAAACAAGAAGAGAACCCUUAGGAUCAAAUUCAGGCUAUACCAAAAAUACCAGAACCAUACAAUAGAGGUUCACAGGCGGGGGAGGCAUUUUUAGAGGUGGACUCUGUAGAAGAGGUUGCUUUACAGGUGGACCACGCUGUAACACCAGGCUCUUGAGGCUAAUUUUAAAUACGUUGUUGGGCCCCUACCUGGUAUAGACUCAAGAGUGAAGAUCAAGAGCGUGGUUUUGGUUUUGGGGUACUUAUGCAUGUAGUGUGGCGUAUGUACGAAACAAAUCAAGACGUUUCGUUCUAAUCCAAGUUAGUGACAACGAUGCCAAUCAGCGUGGGCUGCAGGAGUCAGUGCGAACGCUACGAGGCCAGCACGAUUCUCUACUGAAAUUACAGGAAGAUGUCCUAGAUUAUGGGUGCAGGGAAUUCAUCUCCAAAGUCAUCUGGAGGAGAAAGACAAGCGAAAAAAGGGACCCAGAUGAUCCCUGCGAUGAAUUCCCGAUACCUCUAACUAGAGCUCAACGAGCUGUUCUUCUAUCUCUCCGCCCUCGUCGAUCGGCAGCAUGACUAAGGCUUUUUACAAGAGUUAGAACAUUUAGAUGCUUUGCUUUACGUACUUAUAUUUCAGGCUAAGCACUAGUUAUUCGUGGAACAUACAUUUAUCUUUCUCCAGUAAGUAUAAGACAAACAUUCAAGAAGAAACAUGGUGCGAAAAUAUAGAACCCAGUGGUCCUAAGAAUGUUGUUUUGUGAAACACUACAAGUUCGUACCUUCUCUACAGUCAAGUAGUUUUCACUACUUUGACCUUUCUAAUCCUGGCAAUUGCUUACCAUCGAAGCGAAUGUAGAUGCUACAGACGAAUACGUGGGUCAGGGCAUAGUGAAACUGGAGAAGGCAGAGGUGCACCAGGAGAGCUACGAGUAUAAGCGUUCAUGGAUCAUGGGCGGGAUCUCAGCCCUGACCAUCGUUGGAGUCAUUCUUAUGUUGCUCGCCCUUAACUUUGAAAAACAAGAAUAAGAGGAGAGCUAAAAACAAGAAACAUCAAAAGCUUGAUCCGAUCAUUAUUCAUUGGCAAAUGUAGAAUGAUCCUACGUCUCUAGGCUUGGGGUUCGCUUUUUGUGAUAAUAUUUUUAAGGACUUGCUUAAGACAGGGGGCUAUCAUACUUUAUAGUGAGCUUUAAAAUCAAAUAUACACUGAGGACUACGACUAGUCACUUAGUAACCAGAAAGAAUGCCUAGUUGCACUCUCUAACUCUUUGCUGGUCGUUCUGUUCGUGUGGUGUUGUGGUGUACCGGGCAAAGACACUUGUACCGGUGCCUCCUGUGGCGGAAAGAGUGCUGCGCCGCCACCAGCAGCGGCGCCACCAGCAGCGGCGCCACCAGCAGCUGCACCGACGGCUGCAGCACCGACAUCAUCGGCACGGCCAGCAAGUCAGGGGAGCGUCAAAAGUCAGUCGAAGGAAUUAUCGACCUCAGCUUCUUCCUUUUUUUCGACAUGGAGGUCCGGCCGUUCUGGUAGGUCGUAAGCUCAGAAGCUCAGUUUCCACUCGACAUGUGCAGCUUUCCUCCUCAAAGACCCUUCAAACACCAAAUUCAAAUUUAUUUUGUACCUCUAAUUUGUCCAUAUUAGCCAACAUGCAUUCUGUAUUACAUAAAAAUUACAUCAUCGCAUAUUAUAGGGGAUGGAAAAUAGAUUCUUAGAACCCUUCAUAGUCUCAGCAAAGCUGAAAGAUUUGCAUAUGCAGUAUCUACCUAAUCAUCGAUGGAGGCAUUCCCAUGUGACGUAACCCGGUAGACGUAACCCUAAUAGAUACUGAGUUUGGAUGGAAACAAAAGAACCAGGUUGAAGUUGUUGUUCCCAUUUGCAUGUAUAGCAUGUAAAUCUCAAAUUUAUCUUCAUACCACUGCAAUUGUCGUUGAAAAGCAAUGUCGAUCCCGGGAGACCUUCCUAUUCCACAGUAAUUAUGGCGAAAGUUCAAAGUUGUAUUUUUCAAUGUCGCUAAUUUAUUGAUCCGAUCAUACUUCAAUGAAUCACUGCAAUGGAGGAAAAUUCAGUAUUGAAGGUUGGUAUUUGAUCAAAUCGAAUAGAUGUCAGAAAAAUGCUGCUGCAGAUGAUCCUGUCAUGCCAAUCGAAUGCUUGACGAUGUGUCUAGUCUUGCUUCUC